AUGACGGACGUACACAAACUCAAGGUGAAGCUUGAAGAAAAAGAGAAGAAAAUCACAGAACUAGAGGGGAAGGUGGAGAAUCUUGAAAAGCUGGAUAAAAGAGCCGAAGACCUGGAGCUUUCCACCCGAAAGGAAGACGUAAUUAUCAGUGGCCUCGAUGUUAAACCAAGAACGUAUGCGACGGCAGCGCGUUCUGGGGCAGGAGGUGACGAGGGACUGCGUGUGGAAGACCAAGAGUGGCUGGAGACGUAAGUAAUUAAAUUCAUGAAAAGUAAGGACAUCUUCCUAGAUAAAAAACAACAUUGCGGCUUGUCACUCUCUCCCAAGAAAAGACCGUAAAGCCAAACACACGAUCAUCAUUCGGUUUGUAAACCGCAAGCACAAAACUGAUUUACUGAUGCAAGGGAGAAAGCUCAAGGGAACAUCUGUCUACAUGAACGAACAUCUCACAGCAAAAAACGCUGAGAUAGCCAAAGAAGCGCGUCUGCUUAGGAAAGAUGGCAAAAUCAAAGCAACGUGGGCCAGAGACUGUAAAGUCCUAAUUCGGUUGAAUGGUCCCUCGCCUGAAGCUGAGAAGGUGAUGAUGAUAAAGGAGCUUGAGCAGCUUGAACCAUACAGAUGA